ACAUUCGGAAAGUCGUCGGUCCGACGGACAUGACCGGAAAAUUUUGAUGCGGUCCACAAUUUCUUAAUCCGGAUGAGGCCAGACUGACCAGCAUUUAUCAUACACCGAGAACUGCAACAUCUCGGACAACACAUCAAAAUGGUGUCACAAACAUAUUAUGCCUGGGCAGAACCGGGAAAGAAACGAAGUGAACGCUCGACAAUCUAGUAAAAAGAAAAAAUGUAUGAAAAUUGUUGUUGAAUCAAGUGUCAGUGAAAAGAGAUGGAUUUUGCCAAAGAACAUAGAGACUUUUUAUCACGGUAUCAAACUUUAGUUUUGGAUCAGAAAUUUGAGAAUGGGACCCCAAGUGAAAGGGCAGAUCUGCUGAGGAAAACAAUGGCUCAUCUACAGUAUGCUAAACUAUCGGGAUUAGUAGGAGAAAAUGUGGCAGACAGUAUUAAGAGGCAGUAUGAAGAUAUGUACAUAAACAUUGUAGAUUCCUUUGAUGAACAUACAGGUCUCAACAAUUAUGCAGAAGGAGCUCUAGCAAUAUGCAGUGGAAACAAAAAUGAAAGCCAGAGUUGGAAAAGUUCCUUAACACUGGAAAAGAUUAGAAGUCUACCUUACAUACAGAAAGCACUGAAGUCAUCACAGGAGUCAGUCAGUCGUCUGGUUCCUAGUCACAAAUUGUCAGCACCUUUACCUCAAAGUAAAAAGGAGAACCAGCCUCCAAGCCUCACACCACAGAAUGUUGCUUUGCCUCAGAAAGACUCGAAAUUUCAUUUUCAAAAUUUGAGAAAAGGACCAGAAAGUCAGUCAACAGAUAAAGUGUUGAACAUGUAUGGGAGCCACAGCAGUGACAAUCAGUCAGGUUUUCCUCAGAGUAUGGAAGGACCAUCUGGUGCUCAAUCAAAAUUUUGCAAUAACAAACUAAAUGGACAAAACUAUACAAAACAAAUUGGAGCAGAAAAUGUGAAAGUAAAUAGACAACCAUUAUUUUCUGCUGCAGCAAGGAACCAAGCUUUUAAUCAGUAUGGGUCCAACCAAGGCAACAACAGAAAUAGAGAGCUGUAUGGAUCAAAGCGACCCUACAAUCAGACUGAAGAGACUUGGGAAGAGGAGAGAACAAGUAAAACUACCAAUGUAUUCAGGACAGCCAAACAACAAAUGGAUAUUGAUAACCAGAAGAAGUAUGGUGGAGGAGGACAAAAUAGAGGUCCUGUAAACACAUCUUCAUACGGAACUGGGAAAAAAUCACUGGGUACAAGACGAGGUUUGAACAGCAAGUUUGUACCUCCUGUGAUGAACAGAGAAGAUGAUGAUUUUGGGAACCAGGCUACAAAUACAAUUACAAGAGCUGUGCUGAAAACUGGCGGUAGUGAUGGAGGUGGGGGUGCUGGUAUAGAAGGUUUAGAUGAUGAGAAACUGAAGGGUAUAGAGCCAAAAAUGGUGGAACUUAUCAUGAAUGAGAUAAUGGAUAAUGGUCCACCAAUGACUUGGGAUGAUGUGGCAGGGCUGGAGUUUGCAAAGAAAACAAUAAAGGAGAUAGUUGUGUGGCCAAUGCUCAGACCGGAUAUAUUUACAGGGUUGAGAGGCCCUCCUAAAGGAUUGUUAUUGUUUGGUCCUCCUGGUACAGGGAAAACAUUAAUAGGCAAAUGUAUAGCUAGUCAGUCCAAGUCAACAUUCUUCUGUAUAAGUGCUUCAUCCCUGACAUCAAAAUGGGUAGGAGAGGGAGAGAAGAUGGUACGAGCACUGUUCGCUGUUGCACGAUCACGGCAGCCAGCUGUUGUGUUUAUAGACGAGAUAGACUCACUGCUCACACAGAGAACUGACGGAGAAAAUGAAGCUUCCAGGAGAAUCAAAACAGAAUUCCUCGUUCAACUUGAUGGGGCCUCAACCAGUUCCGAAGACAGGUUGUUGGUAAUUGGUGCAACUAACAGACCUCAGGAGAUAGAUGAAGCAGCUCGACGAAGGUUUGUAAAGAGAUUAUACAUCCCGCUACCAGAAUAUCCUGCCAGGCGAACUAUCAUCACCAAUCUGCUUCGUCAACAGUCUUACCAGCUGACAGAUCAACAACUUGAUACAAUAUGUGCUAGAACUGACGGUUUUUCUGGAGCUGACAUGGCCACAUUAUGUAGAGAAGCUGCCCUUGGUCCUAUAAGAGACAUGUCCUUUGGUGAUAUUGAAAAUAUUUCAGCAGAUCAGGUUAGACCAAUAGCACAUCAAGAUUUUGAGGAGGCCCUACAAAACGUGAAACCGUCAGUGUCAGACAAAGAUUUAGACAUCUAUAUCGAAUGGAAUAAUACAUUCGGUAGUGGACAUAGGUGAUACAGUGAUGUUACCAAUAAUUGAAUGGAACAGUACAUUUUCAUGGUGGACAUAAGUGAUCUAGUUAUGUGUAUUGAAUAGAACAAAACAUUUUGAUGGUGGACAUAAGUGAUCUAGUUAAAUGUAUUGAAUGGAACAAUACGUUUGGUAGGUAAUACGGUGAUGUUAAUUGCAUGGAACAAUACAUUCCGGUAAUGGACAUUUGAAUUGUGUUGUAGUACAUAAUUCAGUGCUAAAUAUCAAACUCAAUUGAAAAGCAAGGUGAAGAUUACAUGAUCUGCAACUUAAAGUCAUGUGUGGACAAAAGAUAUACGUUUGUUCUGCUUGUUAUGUUAUAAAGAAAUAUGUUUAACAUAUAUGUAGCUCUUGUUA